GCCACAUUGCGCGAAUGUGUUGGGCAUGCACCCUUUUGCAUGCGUGUCCGCUGCCUGCGCCAUGGGCGCAGAUUUGCAAGCAAGGCCGGAAAGUGGUGGGACUUUCGAUCACCACAGCUGCUUUCAGGCUACAACCGUUUGAUCAAGGAGCAGGGCCACCGCAAUGCGUGGGCACAGGCUUUGGCAUUGCUUGCGGGCCUUCGCCAAAGGAAGCAAGCGCCUGAUGUCCACGUGGCUCAAAAGCUCCUGGCCACUUGCGCUAAGGGUCGCAAGUGGGAACUCGUUGCUCAGCUCUUCCACGAGUUGCCUUUGUGGCAUGUCGCCCCAGAUACUGUGACUUACAACACCGUGGCAGCCUCACUGUUGAAAGCUGGGCUUUGGGAUCAAUCGCUGAGUUUACUGCACAAGGCCUUGCACAGUGGUUUCAGACCAACAGUCGUUACCUACAAUACAGCAAUGACGCAAUUUCUGUGCCUUGAGACAACAGUGCGCCCGUUUGCAGCGAAUGGACUUUGGCAUUGGCUUUGUUUCAGGAAGCUCUUGACAAGGAUCUGCAGCCAACAACGAUCAGUUGCACGGCGGCAAUGACUGCAUGCGAUCCAGCUUCCUUGUGGUUUGAGGCCUUGGGCAUCCUGUCAAGGAUGCUAGUUGGAGAUGCGUGGCCAGCUCCGGACCUCACCUGCUACAACACAGCCAUCUCCUCCUGUGAGCGUGGUUCCGCUUGGGAAAUGGCGUUGGCACUCGCGUCAGCUCUACCAGAAGCUUUGAAAGCAGAUGUCUUCACUUUGAGCGCCUGCCUCACCGCUUGCCAACGUUCUGCUCAUUGGACCUUGGCGCUGCAGCUGCUGCGAAGCUUUGAUGAUAUGGCGAUCCAGCCAGACCUCGUUGCCUACGGCAGUGCCAUGGCGGGCUGUGCCCAAGGUCCUAGCUGGCCAUUUGCUUUGCACCUGGCUGAAGAGAUGCAAAGCGCCGGCCUCAAGAUGAACACGAUCCUUUGCAGUGCGCUGAUGACCGCAUGCGAGUCAGGAAUGCUUUGGGCUGAAGCGUUAGCACUUCUCACGAGGCCAGAGCUUCAUGGAGCAAAGGCUGAUGUUUUGGCAGUGAGCAGCGCCAUUGGUGCUUGCGGCGCUGCAUUUCAAUGGGCAAUUGCCGUCGCGCUGCUUUUUCAGCUGCCCGAGAGAACUUUGAGGCCUGAUGCGGUAGCCUUCAGUUCUGGCAUUGCUGCAAGCGCCAACGGAAGCCAGUGGGCACAGGCCAUUGCAUUGCUCCAGGCCAUGCGAGCAGAAGAAGUUGACCCUAAUGCCGUAACAUACAGCUGCUUGAUCGAUGCAUGCGGACGAGGUAGCAACUGGCAGCAGGCUUUCGCACUUCUCAUGGAGCUUAGUACCUCAAGAUUGGAGCCGAACGAAGGGAUCUACCGCCAGAUCUUUGCUGCUUAUCAGGCUGCAAGUCAGUGGCAGCAAGCUUUGGCCCUCUUGCAGCACGUUGCCUACACCUGAGGAGACCCAAGUCGUGCCAGGUGCUUGUACUCUGGAGCUUUGACAUGGUCGUCUUCAGGCUCAACCUCAACAUGUUGGAGCCCAAGGACCGUGGCUGAGCAUUGCAGCUGAACGGCGUUUGCGCUGGAGUUCAUCGUGCCCCGUGACUCACAGUUUGUUUAUCUCGCUCAUUUCUGAGGGUAGCAGUUUCAAGUUUUGACUGAAUCAAAUCAUUAGAUAGUUUUCAGCAGCUGAUCAUAAAUAAGUGUACAAAGAUGCCGCAGCUUCAAGUUGCGCGGGUAAAAGGAUCCCAAAAAAUGAUUGCACUGCUUGACUUCUUGUUAAUAAGCAAUAGGGGUUGUUACAUGUUCUUACUUCAAGAAUCUUCUAGCACCUUCUAACCUGAAUAAAGGUGUCGCAGGAACUUUCGGAGCAGUUUGGAACCCAACUCUGG